AUGGCACCCACACUUUUCGCCAUAUACUUUGCUGUGGUAAUGAGAGACGCGCUGAAGAGGUGCAGAAACCAAAUUCAACUUAAUGUCAGGACAGAGAAGGGCGUGUCUGAUAUUUCAAGAUUUCGGGCGAAGACUAAGAUCCAAAAGAUCUCCAUAUUGGAGAUACUUUACGCUGAUGACGUAUGUCUCAUGUCCGACAGCAUGGAACAUCUCCAAAACUAUGUUGACGUACUCCACCAAUUUUGUCAACGGUUUGGCCUGGUUAUAAGUGCUACUAAGACACAAAUCAUCAAACAACCACCAAGAUAUUUCCAAGCAGAUCCAACGGCACUAAAUCUGGAUGGGAAACCACUAAAGGAAUUAGCUAAAGGCAAACGGAAGCAUGGUGGUCAGUAUUUGCGAUACAAGGACGUGUUUAAAAGACAUCUAAAAGCUUGUGACGUUGGCAUAGAGUGUUGGGAGGAGCUCGCUUCCCAAAGGGCAUCUUGGCGCUCUACCAUCUACAAAAACAUCAAAACGUUUGAGGAAAACCGCCUUCACGCACUAGACGAAAAGCGCCAGUUAAGAAAAGAGAGACCUAAGCCAUCCUACACAUACACAUACAACUCUAUAAACUUUUUAGGUCUAUGUAUUAAUGAUGACAUUAUCUUACUAGACCCUUAUGGGUAUAUUCAAAUGGACCUGAAUUCUGGUCAAAAUACGAUCGUAAUGAAACAACACCCGGCAGUUCAAUCUGAAUUAAAGCGUCACAGAGUAAAACGUAAUUCGGAUACUUUAAACGGUUUCUUAAAUUCAAAUCCUUCUAAGGAACCUAACAGUAUUUUGAAUGAAUUACAAAUAAUAGAUCUGAAUGUAAAAUCUGAUGAUACGGAACCUGAACCUCAACCAGAGCCACAACCAGAGCCACAGCCAGAGCCACAGCCAGAGCCACAGCCAGAGCCACAGCCAGAGCCACAGCCAGAGCCACAGCCAGAGCCACAGCCAGAGCCACAGCCAGAGCCACAGCCAGAGCCACAGCCAGAGCCACAGCCAGAGCCACAGCCAGAGCCACAGCCAGAGCCACAGCCAGAGCCACAGCCAGAGCCACAGCCAGAGCCACAGCCAGAGCCACAGCCAGAGCCACAGCCAGAGCCACAGCCAGAGCCACAGCCAGAGCCACAGCCAGAGCCACAGCCAGAGCCACAGCCAGAGCCACAGCCAGAGCCACAGCCAGAGCCACAGCCAGAGCCACAGCCAGAGCCACAGCCAGAGCCACAGCCAGAGCCACAGCCAGAGCCACAGCCAGAGCCACAGCCAGAGCCACAGCCAGAGCCCAAACCAGAACCAGAACCACAACCAGAACCAGAACCAGAGCCACAGCCAGAACCAGAACCACAACCAGAGCCUGAACCGGAACCACAACCAGAGCCCGAACCGGAACCAGAACCACAGCCAGAGCCCAAACCGGAACCCGAACCAGAGCCACAACCGGAACCAGAACCACAACCAGAACCAGAGCCACAACCAGAGCCCGAACCGGAACCAGAACCACAACCAGAGCCCGAACCGGAACCAGAACCACAACCAGAGCCCGAACCGGAACCAGAACCACAACCAGAGCCCGAACCGGAACCAGAACCACAACCAGAGCCCGAACCGGAACCAGAACCAGAACCACAACCAGAGCCUGAACCGGAACCCGAACCAGAGCCACAACCUGAACCAGAACCACAACCGGAACCACAACCAGAACCAGAGCCACAGCCAGAGCCCGAACCGGAACCAGAACCACAACCAGAGCCCGAACCAGAACCAGAACCACAACCAGAGCCCGAACCGGAACCAGAGCCACAGCCAGAGCCCGAACCGGAACCGGAACCAGAACCAGAGCCCGAACCGGAACCAGAACCACAACCAGAGCCCGAACCGGAACCAGAGCCACAGCCAGAGCCCGAACCGGAACCAGAACCAGAACCACAACCAGAGCCUGAACCGGAACCCGAACCAGAGCCACAACCUGAACCAGAACCACAACCGGAACCACAACCAGAACCAGAGCCACAGCCAGAGCCCGAACCGGAACCGGAACCAGAACCAGAGCCCGAACCGGAACCAGAACCAGAACCACAACCAGAGCCUGAAUCGGAACCCGAACCAGAGCCACAACCUGAACCAGAACCACAACCGGAACCACAACCAGAACCAGAGCCACAGCCAGAGCCUGAACCGGAACCCGAACCAGAGCCACAACCUGAACCAGAACCACAACCGGAACCACAACCAGAACCAGAGCCACAGCCAGAGCCCGAACCGGAACCGGAACCAGAACCAGAGCCCGAACCGGAACCAGAACCACAACCAGAGCCCGAACCGGAACCAGAGCCACAGCCAGAGCCCGAACCGGAACCGGAACCAGAACCAGAGCCCGAACCGGAACCAGAGCCACAGCCAGAGCCCGAACCGGAACCAGAACCAGAACCACAACCAGAGCCUGAACCGGAACCCGAACCAGAGCCACAACCUGAACCAGAGCCAGAGCCACAGCCAGAGCCUGAACCGGAACCCGAACCAGAGCCACAACCUGAACCAGAACCACAACCGGAACCACAACCAGAACCAGAGCCACAGCCAGAGCCCGAACCGGAACCGGAACCAGAACCAGAGCCCGAACCGGAACCAGAACCACAACCAGAGCCCGAACCGGAACCAGAGCCACAGCCAGAGCCUGAACCGGAACCCGAACCAGAGCCACAACCUGAACCAGAACCACAACCGGAACCACAACCAGAACCAGAGCCACAGCCAGAGCCCGAACCGGAACCGGAACCAGAACCAGAGCCCGAACCGGAACCAGAACCACAACCAGAGCCCGAACCGGAACCAGAACCAGAACCACAACCAGAGCCACAACCUGAACCAGAACCACAACCGGAACCACAACCAGAACCAGAGCCACAGCCAGAGCCCGAACCGGAACCGGAACCAGAACCAGAGCCACAACCUGAACCAGAACCACAACCGGAACCACAACCAGAACCAGAGCCACAGCCAGAGCCCGAACCGGAACCGGAACCAGAACCACAACCAGAGCCUGAACCGGAACCCGAACCAGAGCCACAACCUGAACCAGAACCACAACCGGAACCACAACCAGAACCAGAGCCACAGCCAGAGCCCGAACCGGAACCGGAACCAGAAGCAGAGCCCGAACCGGAACCAGAACCACAACCAGAGCCCGAACCGGAACCAGAACCACAACCAGAGCCCGAACCGGAACCAGAGCCACAGCCAGAGCCCGAACCGGAACCGGAACCAGAACCAGAGCCCGAACCGGAACCAGAACCACAACCAGAGCCCGAACCGGAACCAGAGCCACAGCCAGAGCCCGAACCGGAACCAGAACCAGAACCACAACCAGAGCCUGAACCGGAACCCGAACCAGAGCCACAACCGGAACCACAACCAGAACCAGAGCCACAGCCAGAGCCUGAACCGGAACCCGAACCAGAGCCACAACCUGAACCAGAACCACAACCGGAACCACAACCAGAACCAGAGCCACAGCCAGAGCCCGAACCGGAACCGGAACCAGAACCAGAGCCCGAACCGGAACCAGAACCACAACCAGAGCCCGAACCGGAACCAGAACCACAACCAGAGCCCGAACCGGAACCAGAGCCACAGCCAGAGCCCGAACCGGAACCAGAGCCACAGCCAGAGCCCGAACCGGGACCCGAACUAGAGCCUGAACCUGCACCUGAACCUGAGCCUGAGCCCGAUCCAAAACCUGAAGAUUCCACUAACAACGAAAAAGCAAGCUUUUGGAAUCCUUUGACCAUAUCGUUGGUCGCUGUUGGAUCAACUGUAGCACUUUUGGUAUCAAUUGUAGGAGCAUAUCACUUGGGUAAAGUCAGAGCUCAAGAUGGUAACCAAUUUUUAAUCGAGGAUAUAAGGCCCAACAGAUUUAUUCCUCGUGUGAGACUUCCUCGUCACCGUCCCUCAAACUUUGAUUAUGUGUAG